GCGAAGGGAAGGGGCCCAAGUGACCACGCCCCUUGCUGUUGCUCCACCGCUGAUUGGACCUGGGAGUCUUCGCACUCGGGUUUCGAGGCCGAAGGAGGGAAUGGGCGGAGCCAGAACACGCCCCUCAUCCCUCUUAGGUCGCUGAUUGGCCCACGGAGUCUCCGCGUUCGAUUUCGGGAGGUUCUAGGCAGAGCUCACACCAAGGCCCGGCUGAGGAUUGGCUGUUCCAAGGCUGGGGAGCGCUUUCUCCGGGGAACCGCGGCUGUGAUCUCGGCGACCCGCCUCGGGCAGCCGGGUACGUAGGUCCGCGACCCAGCUCGCGCUGCGCUGGGUGCGGGCGGGAGUGCGAGCCGUCAGAGCCGGGGUGCUGCCGGGACCCAAACCCCCAGAUCCACCUAGGGCCCGUUGUUGUGAGAAGCGCUACGUCUGAGCCUCGGGGGCCGACCCUUGCUGGGGAUGUCGCUGUGUGACCUCGUCCAGGAUACCCCCUCCCAAGCUCUCAUCCUCUUGGUGAACGCCGCCUCGUUCUUGUGAGCACCUUCGCAGCAGAAGCCCAGAGCUGCACCUGUCUUCUCGGAAGGCCGGGCAGGGAUUGGAGUAAGCACAUCUUAGUUCGCCCAUCCCGAUUUGUGGUCUGUUGGCGCUGCAGUUGAGCGUGAGCACCUAGGAUGGGCACCCCAGCCUCUGUGGUGAGCGAGCCACCCCCUUGGCAGGCCCCAACUGAGGCCCGGGGCCGCAAGCAGGCCUCAGCCAACAUCUUCCAGGAUGCUGAGCUUCUACAGAUCCAGGGCCUGUUUCAGCACAGUGGGGACCAGCUGGCUGAAGAACGGGCACAGAUCAUCUGGGAGUGUGCCGGGGACCACCAUGUGGCCGAGGCCCUGAGGAGGCUGCGCAGGAAGAGGCCUCCAAGGCAGAAACCCCUGGGCCACUCGCUACACCACUGCAGCCGGCUCAGAACCCCAGAGCCCCGUGCUCCACAGGCCAAUCCACAGAGCAGUGCCACUGAGAUGGCUUCCAGCGAUCAGUAUCUGAACUCUCGGAGGACAAGUGCCAGGAUCCGCCGGAACUGGAGGAAGCCAGGUCCCACAAACUACCUCCAUCAGAUCAGACACUGAUCCAGGGAAAGGGCUGGGAAUGGCAGUAUCUUCCCCAAGAAUCAUAGGGACUUUUGCCAAAGAGCCUGGGGAGGUGAAGAAGGAAGAGACUUGAGGCAGACAGCACCCCAUACUGCUACGAGCCUGCUCAAUUCAGAACAGGACUGAAGGUGUCCAGUGAGCUCUACAUUAUAUGGGGCCCAUCCUCACCAGGAAGAGAAACAGAGACCGUUCUUGCCUUGGCCCUUCCUCAUCUAACACUAUAGAUGGGCUGCAUGAUAUUCCCCUGGGAGUCAAGUGACAGACACUCAAGACUGAGCAUCUCACCACUCCUGCUGUUAACCCUCCUGCUACUACUACGACCCAUGGUCUAGCAGCCUGUCCCACACCCCUGCCCCUGUCAUGCCACACAAGGAAACUGUGGUUUAAGUGGCAAAAUAAAAACAUUUGCAUCAA